GGCUAAUAGCAGGUGCUUUGAAAAAUGGCGGCGCUGUUGAAGUUUACUGUGCUCCCAGUAUAAUAUAAAAUGGAAACAAGCCAUAAAAAGACCAAGAAAGAGGGAAAAUUUGACACUCAUCGACCAUAUAAACUAGCUCAUCAGACAUUAUGUAUCAGGGCCAUCAACUUCAGACAGAGGUCCAUUUUUGGCUAUGUGGAACUCACAAUUCACCCGCUUCAAGCAGACCUUAGACGGAUCAAGAUUAACAGCAAGCAGUGCAAAAUCUUCCAUGUGUCUGUCAAUGAUCAGUGGGAGGCCCGCUUCCUGUACAAUGAUCCGACUCUGGAAAUUUGUCAGGAAGAUGGAAAACAGAGAAAUCUGGAUUUCUUCCAAAACUGCCACCUGAAGUCAAUGCUAGCUGUGGAUCCAGACCAAGGCAAUGGGGAAGUCACCAUCAAACUUCCUCUCGAAGUCAUCCCUUUUAUUGCUGAUCUGAGACCGAUAAAACUGUGUAUAGAGUUUGCUGUUGAACAGCCAAAGGGUGGAGUACACUUUGUGGUACCAGAUAUCGAGGGCACGCUGACAGAGAAAGCUGCGCACGUGUACACCUACAGACACGAAAACUCCUCAAGAUUGUGGUUUCCCUGUAUAGACACAUUCUCAGAACCGUGUACAUGGAAGAUUGAGAUCACUUGUGACCUAAGUAUGACAGCGGUCAGCUGUGGAGAGCUCAUAGAGACCGUCUACACGGCUGACAGGAAGAACAAGACCUUCCACUACUUCCUGUCUAUGCCAACAGCCGCACCAAACAUUGCGAUGGCAGUCGGGCCAUUUGAAACACUGGUGGACCCUAACAUGCACGAGGUGACCCACUUCUGCCUGCCUCAUCUCACCAAUCUCCUCAAACAUACCACCAGUUACUUACAUGAGGCAUUUGAGUUUUAUGAGGAGCUGUUGGCCACUAGAAACCCAUACACCUGUUACAAACAGGUGUUUGUUGACGAGAGCUACGAGGACUCCAUGCCUUAUGCAACUAUGACCAUAUUUAGCACCAACCUCCUUCAUUCGUCACGGAUUAUCGACCAGACGUUGGUGACGCGGCGUAUCCUGGCUGCCGCUGUAGCACAGCAGUUCUUUGGGUGUUUUAUUACAAUGCAGUCUUGCUCUGACAUGUGGAUAACAACGGGUACAGCUGGUUACCUUACUAGCCUCUUUGUGAAGAAAACCUUCGGGAAUAACGAGUACAGAUACAUCAUAAACAGGGACCUGAGGGAGGUACAGCAGUAUGAGAAUCGCGUUGGCGGGAUACUGCUGGACCCAUCCACAAAAGACUGCAAUCAUCACUUCUCCAUACGAAACCCCCAUACCUUAUCUCCCAAGUACAUAGAGGUCUUCUCAAAGAAAUCCUACCUUGUCAUCCGCAUGCUUGAAAUCAGGAUUGGGGCACAGCUUCUCAUACAGGUUUUCAACAAGAUUCUGUCAUUAGCAUACUCCGCCUCACAACAGAAGUUUAUUGCCAACACCUGGAACAAUAUGUGCGUAUCUACAAACUCGUGUCUGAAGCUGAUUUCUACGGUGACGGGGAAAGACAUUCAGCCCUUCUUAGAUCUCUGGGUUACCCAGAGCGGAUGUGCCAGAUUCUUCGGUAAUUCUGUCUUCAACAGAAAGAGGAACGUUGUGGAACUGGAACUGAAACAGGAUCUGGGGGCCAAGGGGUCACUGAAAUAUGUGGGCCCUCUGACUGUGACCAUACAGGAACUGGACGGAUCCUUCAACCAUAACUUUAAGAUUGAAGAGAACAAGACCAAGUUUGACAUCACGUGUCAUUCAAAGAGCAGAAGGAACAAAAAGAAGAAGAUCCCGUUGAUGACAUCAGAAGAGGUAGAUAUGGACUUGAGUGCCAUGGAUGCGGACUCUCCCGUCUUGUGGUUGAGAAUAGACCCAGACAUGCAACUGCUCAGUCAAGUCACCUGGGAGCAGCCAGACUAUAUGUGGCAGUACCAGCUCAAGUUUGAGAGAGAUGUGGUCGCUCAGAAAGAGGCUAUUAUAGCAUUAGAGAAUUACCCAACUGCUGCUACUAGAAAGGCCUUGACAGAUACACUAGAGAACGAGCACUGUUUCUACCGAAUACGCAUGGAAGCCUGUCUCUGCCUGUCCAAGGUAGCCAACUCCAUGGUAAAUAACUGGGUUGGACCACCAGCAAUGAUCACCAUCUUCCGUAAGCUGUUUGGCUCACAUUCCUGUCCGAACAUCGUUCGGCAAAACAACUUUACCAAACUGCAGCAUUACUAUCUUCUAAAGACCAUCCCAUUUGCCAUGGCCCACCUCAGGAGUAUCCAAGCCAUCUGUCCUCAGGAUGUCCUCCGCUUCAUUCUAGAACUUUUCAAAUACAACGAUAAUAGCAAAAACAAAUACUCAGACAACUACUAUAGAUCCGCUCUGCUCGAUUCCCUAUCAGCCACCCUAACUCCAGCCGUCACCGUCAUGACAGGCCUUGGGGAGAGCACAACAGCAGAAAACCUGUCAACGGAGACAAAACAGAUCCUGGAGGAGAUCACACGCUGCCUCAACUUGGACAAGUUACUACCCUGUUACCACCACACCGUCACUGUGAGCUGUCUGAAUGCUAUUCGAAUUCUACAGAAGUUUGGACAUUUACCAAGCGACGCCUCACUGUUCAAGAACUACAUGCAGUAUGGUGUGUUCAGGGAUGUAAGAGUGGCUGCCGUGGAGGCGGUGGUGGACUACAUAAAAACUGAUUGUAAGCCUGAAGAACUGCAUAGCCUGAUUGAUAUAACGGAGACAGACCCAGACAUUUACUUCAGACACAUCGUCAUCAGAAAGCUGGUACAGAACCCACCCUUCAAACGAGGCGAGCACAGCCAUCUACACACACAGGCCUUAGUGGAGCGGCUCUGGAAACUCAUGAACAUCACAUUUUCCCAUGACUGUCGUUUGAGGUGUGACAUCGCUGAUCUAUACUUCACGCUGUAUGGGCGCACCCGCCCUACCUGUCUUGGUAUCCCAGAGAGUCUGGUUGUGUUCAAUCUCAAGGAGAAGAAGGCAAAAUUCAAUCCAUCAGUCGUACCAGUGGAAAUGGAGGCAAUGUUCGAAGAUGAGGAGGAAGUGGACGAUGUGGAAACGGAAAAUGUUGCCAUGGAGGUUGAAGAAGGUGAAAUCCUGGACAUUAUGGACACACCUACUGCUGGUCCUGUGGAGAAAGACACCCCACACGGACAGAAGAGGCCAGCCGAGUCACCCCUGGACCUAGGGCCCCACACCUCACUGGACCUAAACCCAACCUUGAAGUCCUCUAUCAUAGAGAGCAACACCGAAGCUGGCCACAGUGAGGAUAGCAACACCUCCUUCAAACUCAAAAUCAAGAUUGGUGGUGCCUCACUGGAUAGUGCCCCUCCCCACCUAGCCUCGGUGAGGGAGGAGAUACCUCCCCAACAUCCUCCCACGCCAUCCUCCGCACCGGUCUCCGCAUUCACUUCUGAACUCUUCAAAUUUGUUGCGAUGAAGCAGGAGGAGGACUCUGUGUCAAAGAUAUCUGUGACAUCCAUCCCACCUCCCCAAACGGGUGGCUCCGUCUCCAUGGAUACCGUAGGUAGGCUGAGUGAGGAUUCCUCGUCUCCUAUCCACUACAGUACAGAGACGAAAGGAGGCAGCAAACCACCCAUGUCCUUUGCUGGAUUGUUGCCAGGAUCUCAAGCAUCUGGAGGUGAAGUGUCAAUGCCGACCAACCCAGAUGAUCCUUCAUCAAGCAAAUCACACAAAGCAAAGAAAAAGAAGAAGAAAAACAAACACAAACAUAAGCAUAAACACAAACAUGAUAAAUCUGAACGUGAUCGCGAGUCAUCAGACCGCCCGAAGGAGGCCGGGGGACACUACAGCUCCGAAACAAGUACUGUUAACUCUCCGAUAGUGAAACUCGACCCUCCGAGUUCACCAGAGUUUGAGAUCAUAUGAGGAAUUUGUGGUUACUGGAGAGUCAAAAUCAGUGUCCUUCAGAGUGUAGAUGGUUGAACCACUUUACAUGGAGUAGUUUUACAUCAGUGAUGCUAAUUUCUGUAUGUGUAAAACAUCCCGUGUGAAGAGCGUCCUUAUAGAAACCAGAUGACAAUCUGAGAAUAUUUCAGCACAUCAAAGACAUAAAAGGACAAUACAUGUCAAAAGUUCUGGUAGAAGAGAAGGAUCUAUGAUUCAAGUUUAUUUCAAGUACACAUUUCAAAGUUCACUCUAUCAAAUAUAUGUACCGUAUUUGACACAAAAAUGGCUAAAUCACAAGUGGGGCAUCUUAAGCUUUCAUGAGACAAAUUUAUCCUCAAACAAAAUAACUCAGUUUUUCAAUAUUUUCCCACUGCUACAGAGAAAUGAAAUUUUCUUUAUCCCACUCUAAGUUGAUUUCCCCAUUCAUAAAGGGAUAUUUUGUUUUGACAAAUUUCAUUAAUCACCAUAUCAUCAGAACCGUUUUUUCCUUCGAUACACAGCUGGUGUUCAGCACCAUUUGUUGACAGAAAUUGUCUUAUUCUCAAAACUAACUGGACAUCUUCAAGAAAAAUUAUAAAAUGCAGAAAGGAUCUAAAACCCGGGGAGGGGGGGGGGGCUUGUUAUGUCAAAUACAGUCAACGCUGCUUUUUCUGGAAAAGUCUUUUUGAUACUUUAAUGAUAGAGAUAUACCGUAUCAUGUUCAUAAUCAUCAAACUUUUAAUCAAUUUGUAUCAUCUCAUCUUGGUCUAUGUUAAUGUAAAUCUGUAUUUGUAUUUGUUAAAGUAUUUGUUGGUUUAGUAUGAAGUUGGUUGGUAUAAAUACAGGAGGGGUAUGUGAUUGAUUUAAAAAUCAUGAUUAUACAUAUUAAACAAAUCAGACAUGAAA